AGAUAGGGUGUUUCAUUUUUGGAAAAAUCUGUCAGAAGAUUAUCCAACGUUAGUGCUGAGCAAAAGUGAUUUGAUACAUGAUCUCAAAGAAGAACAACAUCAGUUGUACUUUUUAGACAUGAAAUGUGCUGGAAGUGAACACGUUUUGAAACAAGCUCACGACAGCGACCUCUUCAGAGAUCCCAUAAGAUUUAUUCUUUGGACACCUACGCAUGACCAACUGUAUAGGUAUUACUUCAGAGUUGACAGUAGAGUGUAUACUGUGACAAAAGUUAAUGAUAAAUAUAUGACGCGAUCUGUAUACAGAAUUGGGGAAAAUACUAAAGAAAUGUUAGAAAAUUUUGUUGGUACUUAUGAUCCAACACAAGGAUUUACAACGUUUUCAGACAUCGCGAUGUUGAGCAGGUCUAACCUUGGAGGAUUGGAGAUGAAUGUUACUUUCGUAGCAACGGAUUCUGAGACAUUGGAACACUUAGAAGAUUACAGACAAAAACAUAUAGAUCCCUUAACAAAAGUGAAUUGGAUUAGAGUUGGACAUCUUCUAAAUAUGUUCAACAUAACUGCAAAUAUGAGAUGGGUGAAUACGUGGGGAUAUCGUGAUCUUGAGACAAACAAAUUUUCUGGCAUGCUGGGCGAUCUGCAGAAUGGAACUUCUGAGUUUGGAGGUACCCAAUGUUUUUAUACGCCCGACCGAAUAGACUACGUAGAUUACAUACCUGCUUGGACACCAACAUUCAUGAAAUUUAUAUUCAGAUCUGAUACAGAGCCUCGUAGUAGCGCAGGUCGAACAGCUUAUUUUAUAGCAUUGAUCUCUUUGAUGUUUCUUUAUACAUCCUAUUCGGCGAACAUUGUAGCUCUCCUACAAUCUACUACUGAAAAUAUUAGAACACUAGAAGACCUGCUAAACUCCAGAAUGACCUUGGGAGUUCACGAUGUCGUGUAUAAUCAUUAUUAUUUUGAGCAUGCUCAAGACUCAAUACGAAAGGCUAUUUACCAACAGAAAGUAGCACCCAAAGGACAAAAGGCUAAAUUCAUGUCUUUGGAAGAAGGCAUAUCCAGAGUUCGCAAUGAGUUUUUGGUUUCCACUCCGAACUAUCGGUUGCUUAUAAAAUCGUGGCUGACACUUUCAGGGAAAAUCAAAAGUGUGCUUUGA